AUGGAACAGUACGAACCAUUGAUCACACCAACCAGCAACGGGAUGAUACAUCACAUGGAGGUGUUCGCAUGCAUCGGAUCGAAACCAGUCAGACUUCUGAACGGUCCAUGCAACUCGGAGUCCAAACCGAUGGGCUUACGUCAUUGCCGUAAAGUGAUGGCGGCUUGGGCAGCGGGUGCCACUGCUUUGCCAUCUUCAGGGAUUUACGUCUUCGCCUCACAGUUACAUACACACAGUAGAGGACGAGCAGUAGUCACGUACCAUCUCCGUGGUAUCGAACGCUUGCGAGAUCUAAAUAAGGAAGAUAACUAUUCUGCACACUAUCAACCCAUCCGCCAAUUGCGAACUUUAGUGCACGUAAAGCAAGGAGAUACGUUAAUCACCAAAUGUACUUACAGCACAAUCAACGUUACCCACGUGGUCUUUGGCGGUAUUGGACAAUACGACGAAAUGUGCGUAAACUACAUUUUCUAUUACCCAUGGUCGAAGUUGGAGCUAUGCAAAUCUGAGGUGGCACAACCAGAAUUUGACAGGUUUUUGAGCGGUCUGAUUGAGCAAAACAAGCUGAAAGGAGACGGAUUUGAAACGGAUAAACAAGCGCUCGAAUCUAUUGACUGGCAGGAUAGCCAGAAUGUGGCAUCGCUGGUCUCCUUCUACCGCCACGCCACUAUGGAGAUGCAUUGCAACAGCUCAAUUGGAAUUCGUAUACCGGGGCCCGCAAUCCACUGGUCACCGAUUCCCUUACUCAAAUGGACCCAGCCGUUUUAG